GAAAGAACUGGUUGUGGACCUCACGAUGACCUUGACGCAAAUACAAAUGCAGAGGAGUAUGACUUCUAAGUCGGAAGGACAAGAUGGCCCGAAUAAAGUCCGAAUUUCUCAAGGGAAUGAAUACAUCUAUAUAUUUGGCUUCAACAUGUCUAGUCUUACAUCUGACUGUAGACUCCUUGUCUGUAUUAUCGGUAUUUUCGUGUUAUACAUAUGUUUUGGGGCAUUACAAGAAGCAAUUUUUACUGCCAAUGAUCUACGAUCGUACAGUCCAUUCCUUACGCUUUAUCAAUUUGGAAUCUACGCAGUUUUAUCAUUCCUUGAGUUACGUAUGCAAGGUUACGUAAUAUUCAGUUCAUGGACUAAUCUUUAUGUUGUUAUAGCUCUACUGACAUUGGGUUCGAUCGCCUUUUCCAAUGCUUCAGUUGGAUAUCUAAAUUACCCAACUCAAGUUAUAUUUAAAUGUUGCAAAAUGAUACCUGUUUUGUUUGGUGGGGUUUUUAUACAAGGCAAAACGUACUCAGCCUUCGAAAUUGUAGCAGUUCUUAUGAUGACUUUGGGUUUAAUAUGUUUUACACUGGUCGAUGUAUCUAUACAGCCGAAAUUCACUUUGUUUGGAGUUUUUCUAGUCUCAUUAGCAUUAUGCUGUGAUGGAGCAUUGGGCAAUUUUCAAGAGGUUGUCAUGAAAAAGUACUGCAGAUCAAAUACAGAAAUUAUGUUUUAUUCAUACUCCGUGGGAUUUUGUGUACUUUGUUGCGGUCUCGCGGUAACUGGAAAUUUAAUACCAGCAUUUCAUUUUUUCAAUGAACAUGCUGUAGAAACUUAUGGAUAUGGCUUCAUAUUUUCAUUAUCUGGUUAUUUCGGUGUACAAUUCGUCUUAUGCUUAGUUCAUUCUCAUGGAGCUUUAACUGCUGUUACAGAAAAUUGAUAAUCUUAUAUUAAGUAGUUUAUGUGAACGCUGAUCAAGAUAUGAUCGACUAGUACUACAAACAACAACAACCAGCACCAAUCAUCAUCAACGGGAGAGAUUUAACAGAGGUUACAUCCUUCAGUUAUCCAGAGAGGAAGCAUCUUUUCAAUCACAGGCAGUGGGAACGGACGAAAAUGUCAAAGUAAGCAUCGGAAAGGUAAUCUACGCAUUCAUUAACUUGAAACCAGUUUGGAAAUCUUCUGUAGUCCGUCUCAGUAUAAACAAAAAGAUUCGGAUUUUCAACACCAAUGUCAAGUCGGUCAGUUAGUGCUUCUAUACGGGUCAGAAACUUGGCCAGCGUGUCACGAAAAGGAUUUCCAACAGGCCACUGCAGACUUUCAUCAACAGCUGCCUUCGUUGCCUGCAUACCAAAGAUCAAAUGGCCAUAAAAAAUAAGUAACAAGAAACUCUGUUUGGGCACCAACCAACCAAGAGGCGAUCGCUCAACAAAUAUGUAAAAGAAAAUAGAGAUGGAUCGGUCAUACGUUGAGGAAACCGUCGAAUGACAUCGCGCGCCAAGCCUUCAAGUGGAAUCCAAAUGGGGAGCGACGGGUGGAUCGCCUUAGGGUGACGUGGAGGAGAUGAUAGAUUGUGGGAAAUCGUGGUCCUAGCUGAAGAGGAUGGCAGAAGAUAGAAGAAAGUGGAGAUUUUUUGUUGAAACCCAGUGUUCCACUCGAAACUCAAGGGAAUAAUAAUAAUAAUAUGUAUAAUUAUAAUAGUACUACAGAAAUUGGGAGUUACAACUUUCAGGAAAGCGGCUUCAAUCACCUUGUCGUUUCUAAUGUUCGCAAAACCAUUUUCUCAAGGAUAUAUUUGGUCGGGUCUGUUAGUUGUCGCCGGAUUAUACUUGAAUUUGUAUAAUAAAAAUCGUAAAUCUUGGAAUAAUGCAAUUGUCAAUGGAUUGAAAGUUUGUGGUCUCCUGAAAUCUGAUAACAAGUUAAUUGUACCUGUAUAAUGGUAUUAGUAAGUCAGAAUAGAAUUGAUCACUAGGACUGGUUUGACACAUAUUCACCUACACAUAUCAACAGUAAAGUGCAACAAAUUGAUGCCUAUUUCUUUAUUGAAAUUUACCUCUUCAGUAUUGUAAAUCUGUGCUUAUUUGUAGUCGAAAUAUUGCGUUGUUCAACACCAUCACCUUUCACUGUACAAAAAUAUUCUAAACACUCUUUACAUGUGUACACAUUUCCUUUUGUACAAUACACGCAUAUCUUAUUAUAUACAAAUAUUUUCAUUUGUUUUAAACUUUAGUAUUCUAACCAACUGUGAUUACUGACAAUUUGUCAUAUUAAACUGUUUAAGUUUUCUUUGAGUACAUAUAUAUACAUAUAGUAUGUUAUUUAACAGGGUAAGAAUGUGGUUUGUGAUGAGAAAAGGAGAGUAUGUUAUCCAACAUUUAUUGAUCUCUACUAGUUUUAUCUAUUGAUUAGAAUUGACCUAUACUGAUGCGAGAAUAAAUAAAAUGGUUAUACCGUAAUGAAGAAAAGAAAUAGUGGUUGUUAUUAUUUACAGACACUAGAAUAUGUGUGAUUUAUAGUUGUAAAUAGUACAACAGAGUGUAUAAUGAUUAUUAGUAUUAUUAUUAUUACUACUACUAUUAUGAUUAUUACCACUCUUUGUUUGCAUGACUAAUAAAAAAUGUCCGUUGCAGUUUGGUUAUUCUACAAUGAUCACUAUUUCAAUACACACACACACACACACACACAAUUACAUUUUCCGAGUUGAUAAUUUGAGUAUAAUACAGUUUUUAAAAGCUUAUUUAUGUGCUCAUAUAUUUGUAAUUAGUUGAAUUAUUUAAAGAAAUAAAAUCUCUGCUUUGUUGCU